AGUGACUAGCUGGUCCUCCGUCUCCCAGCCACGCCACCCCUGCUGCUAGCCUGCGACACCCCGAGUCCCGGAGAGACCAUUCUUCCAGCAGCACCGACGCCCCAACUUUUGAUUCGCCUACCUGGGCGCCCAGCUCCAGUGUUCGGGGGGUGCGCCUCUUCGGCAGACAGCGCCACCCGCCUCUUCCAGUUUGCUCUCCUCUCCCGCAGAAGCGCGCGGUUGGUCGCCUGAUCCACGACCGCACAAGCGCUCGGGACCGGCCCAGCCUUAGAACCGCCUUCCAGGGAGCUUAAGCCCAAGAGGUCGGAGCCUCUUACUCCAAACCAGAGUCGGCUCAGGUGUUUCUUCUUCUCCAAACCCUGCGCCUUGCGCGGAUAAUCCGCAGAGUCGGGAGCGCCGGGUCCCCGUCGCCCCGUCGGAGUUGGCCAAGCCAUGGCCGGCUGCUGCUGUCUGUCUGCGGAGGAGAAAGAGUCGCAGCGCAUCAGCGCAGAGAUCGAGCGGCAGCUUCGUCGCGACAAGAAGGACGCGCGCCGGGAGCUCAAGCUGCUGCUGCUGGGAACCGGGGAAAGUGGAAAAAGCACGUUUAUCAAGCAAAUGAGGAUAAUCCACGGGUCUGGCUACAGUGAUGAAGAUCGGAAGGGCUUCACGAAGCUGGUUUACCAAAACAUUUUCACCGCCAUGCAAGCCAUGAUCAGAGCAAUGGACACCCUGAGGAUACAAUAUGUGUGUGAGCAGAAUAAGGAAAAUGCCCAGAUCAUCAAGGAAGUGGAAGUGGACAAAGUCUCCGCACUCUCCAGGGACCAGGUGGCAGCCAUCAAGCAGCUGUGGCUGGAUCCGGGAAUCCAGGAGUGCUAUGACAGGAGGCGGGAGUACCAGCUGUCAGACUCUGCCAAAUAUUACCUGACUGACAUUGACCGAAUCGCCAUGCCCUCUUUCGUGCCAACGCAACAGGAUGUGCUUCGUGUCCGAGUGCCCACCACCGGCAUCAUAGAAUACCCAUUUGACUUGGAAAACAUCAUCUUCCGAAUGGUGGAUGUUGGUGGCCAGCGAUCUGAACGGCGGAAAUGGAUUCACUGCUUUGAGAGCGUCACGUCCAUCAUUUUCUUGGUUGCUCUGAGUGAAUACGACCAGGUUCUGGCUGAGUGUGACAAUGAGAACCGUAUGGAAGAGAGCAAAGCCUUGUUUAAAACCAUCAUCACCUACCCCUGGUUUCUGAACUCAUCUGUGAUUUUGUUUCUAAACAAGAAGGAUCUUUUGGAAGAGAAGAUCAUGUACUCUCAUCUAAUUAGCUAUUUCCCAGAAUACACAGGACCAAAGCAAGAUGUCAAGGCUGCCAGGGACUUUAUACUGAAGCUGUAUCAAGACCAGAACCCUGACAAAGAGAAGGUCAUCUACUCUCACUUCACAUGUGCGACAGACACGGAGAACAUCCGCUUUGUGUUUGCUGCCGUCAAAGACACCAUCCUGCAGCUGAACCUACGGGAGUUCAACCUGGUGUAAGUGCCGUGGCCCGCUCUCCCGAGACAGAGGGGAUCUGAGCUCCUCCUGCCUGAUCUACAAGUGCUUCUGACCAGCUGGGCCAGGGUAAAGGACAUUAUGUGGCUCACAGGAACCGAGAUGGGUAGUGCAACUAGAAAGAUAUUUGUCUUACCAACCCUUUCUAAGUGUCUAAUUCUUGACUGUCUAAUUCUUUUCCUUACCUUUUCGGCUGUAAAGAUUCACUAUAAUUUUUGAGUUUGGUAUUUUACAGAAUUUUAAAAGGCCACUGUGAUUUUUCCAUUAUUUUUUAAACUAAGUGUUCAAUAGCUAUUAAAAAAUCAUGUAACAGAGGGACUUGUUAAUUUAUAGAUCAUGCCUUCAGACCUCUAGGAUUAAUUUCGAUGACUAAAACAUCUUAAUAGGCUUGAAGAUUUUUAAAUAAAUGCUAAGAAACAUUUCUAAUAUCCUUCCCCUUAAUUCUGGUGAGUGACUCAUUUAACAUUUGACCAAACCACCAAAGACCUCUUUCUGUAUCCUCCGCCACUUUUGGUUGUUAUUUUAAAAAAUAACAAACAGGUAGGCUUUCAAUUCAGAUUUGUCAUGUAACCUAGGAUGGGCUUGGUCCUCCUGCCUGGACUUUCCAGGUGUAUUUUGGAACUGUGGGUGGUGCCAUAAUGCUCAGCCAAGAAUUUUUUCUUUUCCGAGACAGGGUCUCAUGUAUUCCAUGCUGGUCUCAAACAUACUAUGCAGCAGAGGAUGACCUUGAACUUCUGUCUUCAUAUACACAACCUAUUUAAGGCAGGAGAGUUCUCACCUUAUUGCUAACUCCUGGCAUAAGACACCUCAAAUAGUAUCAUUUGACACUGACAUUUACAGGUUAGUGCUGAGAUGCAUGUGCCACCAUGACCAGUUUAUGUGAUGCUUGGGAUGGAACCCGGUGCUUUGUGCAUGCUAGGCAAGCCUUCUGCACCCACUGAGCUACACCCCCAGCCCAAGAUUACUUUAAAAAGAGUUCUUUUCAGUGUCAACUUUCUAAACCAAAUAUUACUCAAACAUCUGAUUUGGCCAUAAUUUGGUGGUAAAGUCAAUGCUGAGAUAUGAUAAAUGGACUCUAGUUAGUGCAUGUGUGUAUUCUAAUGCAUAAGGCCAGGUCUUGUAACUUAUGGAAUGGCGAAAGCAUAACUCAUUUAACAAAUGUUAUGUAAACCUUACCAAAACUCUGAUGGCAAUCACAAAUCUGUUGUUUGGACUGUGUAUGCUGUGCCUUUCUGGAUAUUAAGAAUACACUGUUCUACUGUGUGCACUGA